AGUCGCUAAUCAACCGCGGUAGGGUACACUUGGAACCUCUCCGCGAAUAUUGUAUCGAGCUUGCGACUUUUUUCCGCGUUUAGUGUUGCCGUAUCAGGCAUUUCGCAAUGACAGCAGUGUAAGGAGUUUGUUUUAAACUCUUCGUUGAGUGUAUAAACGGGGGUGUUUAUUAGAAAUAUUCAAUAGGAAGCACCAGCACGAGAAACAUGUCUAGUGCACCACAAAUGUCCAGUGGGCUUAGCAAGCUCAAAAAGAAACAUUUUCGAGUUAAACAUCAAAAGGUUAAGCUGUUCCGUGCAAACGAACCUCUUCUUAGUGUUUUUAUGUGGGGUGUCAAUCACACGAUAAAUGAGCUUAGUCAUGUUAAUAUACCAGUAGUGCUCCUGCCAGACGAUUUCAGAGCUUAUAGCAAGUUAAAAGUGGAUAACCAUCUUUUUAACAAGGAAAAUAUGCCCUCGCACUUUAAGUUUAAAGAAUACUGUCCGUUGGUAUUCAGAAAUUUACGGGAAAGAUUUGGUAUAGAUGAUUUGGACUAUAAGGAAUCAAUGACAAGAUGUCGGGCAUUUAAUCCUUCCCUAUCAGAGAGGCAUUGGAAUUUGGCUAGGAAUGGGAAGACUCAUAAAUUGGUUCAGCAUUGUGCUACUGCUCCUUCAAUAACUUUUUCUCCUUCUCCUGUUCUUUCGCAAAUUCCAGUCCUAAAUAAACCACUACGUUCCUACAGUUUUAAACCAAAGCGUCUGAGAUCACAACCAAUAUUAGAGGACUCAUCUGGAAAAAGUGGUGCAAAAUUUUACCAGUCUUAUGAUAAACUGUUUAUUAUCAAAACCCUCACAAAGGAAGAGGUAGAAAGAAUGUAUUCGUUUCUAAAACACUAUCAUCCAUAUAUUGUAGAAAGGCACGGAAAAACUUUGUUACCCCAAUAUCUUGGCAUGUAUCGUUUGACAGUAGAUGGAGUUGAACAUUAUGUCGUUGCCAUAAGAAAUGUAUUUUCAAAUCAUUUAACUACUCAUAAAAAAUUCGAUCUGAAAGGCUCGACAGUAGAUCGUGAAGCAUCUGACAAAGAAAAGGAAAAAGAUUUGCCUACUUAUAAAGAUAAUGAUUUUGUUAAAGAGGGAACGAAAAUUUAUAUCGGCGAAGAGGCAAAAGCUAAACUUAUAGAGACGUUAACCGCUGAUGUCGACUUUUUAACAAAAUUGCAUUUGAUGGAUUAUUCUCUAUUACUUGGACUGCACGAUUGUGCGCGGGCCGAACAAGAAAACAGAGAACGUGCAGAAAGAGAGGAGGAAGAAGAUAAUCAUGAAGAAGAGGAUGAUAGUGAAUCUGGAAGUGGGCUUGAUUCACGAGGCCCAAUGGGAGACCGUCUAUGGAGUUGGAGCGGUGUUGCAGGUAUGGCAACGCCUCCUGAAUCACCACAUGCCACGUUGUUGCGCGACACGAGUUUACAAUAUGAAGAUGCCAUAAUUCCUGAAUUAGAUAUUUAUGCGAUUCCUAGUAAAGAAGGUGCACCUACAAAGGAAAUUUAUUUUUUAGCCAUAAUAGAUGUGCUAACUCAUUAUGGUGUGCGUAAGCAGGCAGCAAAGGCAGCUAAAACAGUGAAGUAUGGUGCUAAUGUCGAUGGUAUAUCCACCUGUGAUCCGGAACAAUACGGCAAGCGAUUUAUAGAGUUCAUGAGCAAAGCUAUAGAAUAAGCUCGUUGUUCGUUGUUGUUAAGCUUGUAAAUUUGGACCGCUUGUUCGAAAGUCGUGAUGACACUAUCGUUUUUUACUGCGUUUAUGUUAAGUGCGUCGAACAUUCGUUCCUCGCACUUUGAUGUUUGACCAUAAAGAUCUUUAUUUGGUAUGUACUGUUAUUUGGUCAGUACCGUUGAUUACAUAUUUCAGUAUUCCUUAUAACAUUUACAAUGGAGUUAGAAGCAUAACGCAAUUUCGUGGAUUAUAAACUCUUAGAAGAUCUAUCAACAAAUUUUUUCCAGGGAAUAUUUUAGUAGUUUUUAUAACCAGUGACAUAUUUUCUCAGUAUUUAAUUACAAUUUUUCUAUAAAGACAAUUGUCAAAUACUGUAGUUUUCUUGUGUUCUUUAUUUUUCUUUCAUUUUAUGUAUAUUUUCAAAACGUGAGACUUACAUUAGUUUUUCGUACAUUAUGUGUACAAUCAGGAACACAUAAAAAUUCUGUUAGAAAAGUUUAUUGUAGAUUAUUUUUAUUUUGUGAGGUGAUACUCAAUAUUAUACUCAAAGAAAUAGUUUUUACACAUACUUGUUUAAUGUCUAUUAUUUCGUUGUAUGAAUUAUUGAUAUAUAAAUAAUGCUAACAGAAGUGUGUAUUGUAUAUUGUUUUUGGUACACAUAAUGUGCUAUAAAAGCUGCGUUAAUUACCGUCAUUUGACAGUAAAUGAUAUGUAAUAUUAGUUUAUUGGAAAAUAUUAAAAUUAAUGUUGAUGUUACAUAUGAUAAUCAGAAUUAUAGGGACACGAUUAAGUGUUUCACGAAGGAAGCCUACAUUUAUCGUAAAGAGUCUCUCAAUUUCGUCAAGACGAAUUAUAAUGCUUCUGAUCUAGUGUCUGUGGUGUUGUCUGGAAUGUUUAAAUAUUCGAGGUAUAACGUAAUGGCUUCUACAGCGAGAACUUUCGUUUUUGGUAGGUCUAAAAAAAAGAGGAGAGAAGUAAUAUAUUAUAUGCGCAGAAGGUACUAUAGUGUAAGAGCUUGAAACUUUAAAAAAAUUAUUAGUAAAUGUUAAAGUCUGUAAAUGUCACCUCUUUGAUCAUUUCAGUUACCGCGAAUUGGUGUUAAGACCAUCGAUUCGUUUAGUUUGUGAAGUUACAUUUACAGGGAACAAGAAGAACUGUACGUAUUAUGCGCGAUAUAUGUCUCCUUUAAUUUGUAAAGUGCUCAAACUUAGCCGAUGAUUCCAUUAGAGAAAUUAAGUAAAGUAUGAAAUAUGUUUUUUUGGCGCAUUGCGAAUGGAAUGCUAAUUUAUAAUAUUUAUAAAGAAAACUAUUUAAUCAAAGUAUGUUUGUUUUAUUUCCUCUUUUAUGUAAAAAUUAUCUAGAAUCAAUUUGUUGAAAAUGUGUUCAGUUUUGAACAGCAUAUGAAGUGAUAUGUUCCUUUGUAGCAUUCGAUUCAUAAUGCGUCAAGCUUCGGCGUAAUUAGUAGCACAAGAUCUCGCUUAAUAAUUUUAAUGCAAGAUAAUUUAAUGCAGCUUCAUUUUUUUAUUCGAUAAACUUUAUAUUAAAAAAUUGCUUGUUAUUAAUUAUAUUUUAAGACCGUAUAUCAUUACAUCAUGCAAAAACAAAAAGGAGAAUGUAUCGUUGCAUGAUACUCUACCUUUAAAUAAUCUAUUGUAAUAAUCAAUUUUUUAUAAUUUGUUAAAACUGAUCAUAAUAUAACGACUAAUUACUUUACUAAUUAAGGUAUUCAUCUAGUCUUGAUACUUUAUAUGAUUUUAUACAUUGCCAGUACAUUGGAAAAACCACAAAAGUAAAUGAAAAUGCAUAUUGCCAACAAAGGUGUAUUAUAAAAAAACAGUUAUUACAGUUAUAAAAAGACGCUCAAUUUCUGUAAUGUUAUAGAUUCUGUAAGAGAAAAUAUAAAUUGUUUUGUCAACUACGAUUUUCUGUUACAUAGUAACAAAUCUUUCAAACGUAUAUUUCUUUUUUUCUAUUAUUAUAUAUUCAUUGACUUACAAAUCUCGAAAGAGUUUAAAGUUUAUAUGCAACAACUUUAGUCUAUUAUAGACUUUGAAACAUAUAGAUUUAUAAACGGUUUGCUUAAUUAAAUUGCAAGAAAGAUUUUGUUUAUUUUUCAAUUUAGAUUUUCGCAAUUCGCACCAUGUAGAAACGAUGUAUAUAUUCACUAUUUUACUGUUGGCAGUAUAUAUCCAGGCUUCUGUUAUCCUAACAUUUGUAUUAUUCACAGAGUCUGUAUUGUAUAAGCCACGGGAAAUAAAUGGACAUUUAACACAA